UUGGAACCACACUCAGCAGGUGCUGGCCUGUGGUACAGAGGAAGGUGCGAUAACCCUUAUGCUCGAGUCGGGAAAGACGUUGGAGGUGCUGAAAGAGGCGGACGUGGGCGCGCGGGUUCCCCCCAUGCCCAUUACUUCCUUGGCCUGGGGUGGACGAUCCCGGUACCUCUUGACGACGGGACAGGCACAUAGCCCACACCUAUGGGACCUGAAAAGGAAGGAGCGUGUGAUGGCGUUCGGCGGCCACGAGGCUCAUGUGACGGCCGUCGCCUUCGCCCCGGACAGCGAGCGAGUCGCCUCAGGCAACCACCAUGGAGAGGUCUUGUUGC